AUGGCGGAACGCAUGGACGAAGAUGACGAGGGUAGCGGGCAGGAGGAGGGCGUGUGGAGCAGUAGCAGCAGCGGCGACGACGGCGGGGACGAAGAUCCGGCGGGGGACGCCGCAGAAGACUCAUCCGCCGGUGACCACGAGCCGGAGGAGGAGGAAGAGGAUGGGGUGCAAAGUAGCAGCGAGGAGGAGGAGGAGGAGGAGGAGGAGGAAGAUAGCUCGGACGGAGACGACAGCUCCGACGGGGAUCUGCCUCCGGCGCAGAUUUUGAGGCUACCCUCCGAGGACGUGAUGGAGGAAGGCGGGCAGGGAGGAGCUGGUAAUGAAGAGGGUGAGGAAGAAGAAGAGGAGGAAGAAGAGGAGGAGGAAGAUGAGGAGGAGGAAGAUGAGGAGGAGGAGGAGGAGGAGGAGGAGGAAGAGCGAGACAACGGUGACCACGGCGAGGAGUCAUCGCCAACGGCGCUGCCGUCGUCUCAGCGGCAAGCAGGCGGCGGUUCAGGAAGCAGCGAUGGAGGCGCAGCAGACAGCAGCCGCUUCGCCCCGAUCCACCCACCACCCUCUUUCUCAACGGCCGUUCCUAGCCCUGGACACCCAGCUAGCGGAGGGGGCUCAGCCACUGCUCCCGCCGCCGCCGCAGGGCAAGCCCUGCCUGCUCACAACCCCGGCGACGCGGUGGAACAAAAUGCAAGCCUCGGCGGCAGCAAUGGCGGCGGCGGCGGCGGUGGUGUCGCCACCACCUCGCGCGUAGCAGCAACGCCUCCUGCGCGGGGUUCCGGGCCCGGGCAGACGGCGCGCCCGGGUGCGUCUUCUUCCUCCUCCGCUCGGCAGCAGCAGCAGCAGCAGCAGCAACAGCAACAGCAGGGAUCCGCUGGGCGGAGGGCGGAGAGCCCGGUCCCGCCGCCCCGAGCCUUCUCGGCGUUCGACAUGAUGCCGUCCCUCGCUUCCGAGGACGGGAGCCUGGACGACGACGACGGGAACGGUGCGAGCGGCAGCGACGGGGGCGGAGCAGCAGGAGGGGACAACGACAGCAUCAUCUCCGACACCGUUAGGUCUGUCGGGUCCCGGUCAGCGGGCGGCGGGGGAGGGUUCAGCAACCUCAACGGCCGGGUCUCGGGUGGGUUUGGCAUUGGCAUUGGCGGCGGCGGCCGUUCGUCCCCGUCCCUGUUGGGCGGCGCCGGCGGCAAAGCGGGCAUGCGUACGAGUUCUACGCCGCCGCCCAACCGGGCAGGCGGCGGGGGGAUGCGGGGAGCCUGGGAUUUCCUCCCCUGGGGUGUGGGAGGGAACCCCAGCGGCCAGUCUCCGUUGUCCUCCAGCCAGCAGUUCGGCGGCGGGGAUGCGGCGUCGAGCGUCGGCGUCGGAGCCAGCGACAUGGACGACGACGACGGUGGGGCGGCGGGGGGGGGAGAGGCCUGGGACCGGCGAGGAGACCGUGCCUCGAGGGAGAAGGCGCACCGGCGGGCGCGGGCGGAGCUCAAGAGGUUUGCGGCGUCGAGGAAGUUUCCGACGAACGUCGGGGUGGUGCAGGUCCACUCUCUCGGGAAGGUCAAGCCCGAGCCCGGCUUCUAUGCCCUGGGGAGGCUCGCGCCGGUGGGCUUCCGGGCGUCGCGAACCGAGAGGUCCCCCGCCGACGAAUCCCUGGUCCACUGCGUGAUGGAAGUGGUCGAGGUUCCGGAUCCCGAGGAGAAGGGGGCGGCGGACGGAGAUAGUGCCGACGCCCCCGACGCGAAGGGCGACGGCGGCGCGGGCGCUGCGGCAAGUGACGGAGCCCCCGAUAACGGCGCCGGGGGUGACGCUGGCCGGCCCCCGCCGGAGGCGGUAGGGGAGUCAGGGGACGGCAGCGGGACUGCGAAGACGGUUGCCGUCUUCCGAGUCACGUUGUCCGACCUGAAGGGGAAGCGGGGAACGUUCCAGGAUGUUUCCGCGGGGAAGGCUUGGCGCGCCGCGCUCCAGAGCAUCGGAGCAGAGGUGGCUCCGACCGGCCAGGAAGACUCCUUCCCUUCGUGGGAAGGCGACGGGGAGGACGGUCUGGUCGACACCGGUGAUUCGGUUACCGACGAUAAUGACGACGCCAAUGACGGUGGAGACAAGGACGGGGAGGAGCAGCAGCAAGCGGAGAAGCAGAGCCCGGGGGCGGCGGCGGUUGCUCCUCCAGCGGUCCACGCCAGAGACGGUGAUGGCGUCGGCAGCAACGGGGCGGAGCACAAGGUUGAAGAGGUGAGGAGCGACGACGAUUGGAAAAAGGACGCACCGGCAACCGUGAAGAACGGCGAGGCACAGGGGGACGGCAGUGGGGGGGGCGUUUCUGGCCUGGCGGAGACCGGCGGGGGACAAGGGGGCUCCGCCGGAUCCGCUGCCAUGGUGGUUUCGACUGAGAGGACCGACGACGACGACGGGAACACGACCCGAGAGGCUUCCGACGAGGAGGAGAAAGAGCUACGGCGAGAGACGGCCAAGCUGCUGCACGCCAGGGCUGGCGCAAGGGCGCGGGUGGACGCCAACAGCGCCACCAUCUUCGACAUCACCGGCGAGGUCCUUCCGCCAGCGAGAGCGCCAAAGGUCAAGCCUGAGACCGCCGCCUCUUCAUCUCUGCAGCACCAGCAGCAAUUGGGGGGGCGGGGGGCAGGCGGCGGCGGUGGCGGCGGCGGCGGCAACGACGGCGCUGGUGCGAUGAGCCAGGCCAACGGUCGUUCCAACGGGGCCGGAGGCGGGAAGGGGGGGGGCUCCGCGGGCAAGGGAGGGGAACGCGGGGGGGGACCGGAGGUCGGGAGUUCAAAGGAUGGCAGCCUGUGGUACGCGGGGUUCUUCCCCCCUUCGGUGUGCCGGCUCCUGGAAGGCCUCCCUCUGGUGGAUGAGUGCAAGGGCUACGUCUUCGAAGCGCACCGUGCGGAGAAGACCUUCAAGAGGAUCACCAAGGCCAACGAGCGCACGAAGGGGCCGGGCAACGUCACAGAGAGGUCCACGGCAAAGCUCGCAGCCACCGGAUUCAGGCUAUCUACCCUUGUCAGCGGAUGA